AUGGCCGGCAAAGAAGCCACAAAGCCUGCCUUCAAGGUUAUCAUCGCGGGGGGCUCAAUUGCGGGCCUUGCCCUGGCACACUGUUUAUACCACGCUGGCAUCGACUUCAUCGUCCUGGAAAAGCGACAUGAGAUAGGUCUACAGGAAGGAGCGUCCGUGGGGAUUAUGCCCAACGGAGGACGAAUCCUUGAUCAGCUAGGGCUGUACAGUGGUCUUGAAGACUAUUUCCACCCGCUAGAGGUUGCGUAUACGAGCUACCCAGAUGGAUUCACUUUCAUUAGCCAGUAUCCAAAGCUUUUGACGCAACGAUUUGGAUACCCACUAGCAUUUCUGGAUCGCCAAGUUCUCCUUCAGCAUCUGUACUCUUCGCUAAAGUGUCCGGAGAAUGUCUACACCAAUAAACAGGUGACUCGGGUCGAGCAAUCUUGCUCUUAUGUCCGGGUAUACACCAAGGAUGGGGAAUGCUACACGGGAAAUCUUCUUGUUGGCGCCGAUGGGGUUCACAGUCGGGUCCGAAGCGAAAUGUGGAGGUUGGAUUCCUCAUCUUGUCGCGGUAUGGGCUCGGAGAGCGAUUAUCGCGGGAUGGAAAUGGAGUAUGCCUGUGUAUUUGGGAUUUCAUCAGCCAACUCGAAGCUCCAGGCCGGACAGCAAAUCAAUUGCUACCGAGAUGGGUGGAGUAUACUAAGUGUUGUGGGUAAGCAUGGGCGAACAUAUUGGUUCUUGUUCUUGAAGCUAGACAAGAAGUAUCAAUAUCAGACCGCACCUCGACUUUCGUCCGAAGAUGCUACCAUCCACUGUGAGAAGAUUGCCGACGAGCCUUUUUACCACGAUGUGAAGUUUGGAGAUCUAUGGGAUAGGAGAGAAGUCUUCAACAUGGUUCCCUUGGAGGAGUAUGCUCUUACACAGUGGCAUCAUGGGAAUAUCGUCUGCAUUGGAGACAGCAUGCAUAAGAUUGCACCACACACAGGACAAGGCGCUAACUGUGCCAUCGAGGAUGCCGCGGCUCUCACCAACCGUCUGCGCCGUUUCCUUCAGGGCGACGGAGCAAGACUGAGGUCUUCCGACGAGCUCAACUACCUCCUACAGGAAUUCACAACGUCUCGCAUAGAACGCUUGUCAGUCAUUCACUUCUCAGCAAGAUUGGUAAUGAGGCUACACGCACGAGAGGGCCUUCUCUUUAGACUUGCUGGACGAUACUAUCUCCCGUAUGCCGGCGACAUUCCGGCCGAUAAGGCCUCAGCUGGGAUUGCGGAUGCACCGACGCUGGAUUUCAUCCCGCUACCUGACCGCACAGGGAGUGGCUGGAUAGAUUUUAAGAGAAGUACACGAAGUGCUCGACCUCGCUUGGUGCUGGGGUUCACUUUGCUUAUUUCCUUGCUGGUCGCAGUGCCGAGAAUUAGAGGGUGGUUCUUGCUUGUCUGA